GGUCCCGGCUGAGCCUGGUCAGGGUCAGUAAGGUACAGCAGUGCUCUCAGGGCUCUCAGACCCCCUCUUGCCUACUCCUUGAAAUUCACAGCUAAACAGGUCAAACAUCACUGAUCUGUGAGAAACUCAGUUGCAUGCAAUAAACUUCAUGCCUUCCUCCUGAUUAAGCCAUGUUGUUUGUGAAAUUCUAAUAGCCAGUUAGAAGAAAAUCAAGAAUCACUGCACAGAUGGAGAACUGAAAGAUGAACUUCAGGGACCUCUUUCUUUUCCAGGGCAGGGUUUGCCAAAUCUCAGUCACGGUCUGCAUCUGAGUGGUAUAGGACCAGAGCGGAGCCAGGAGCAGCCCUUGAUUGUGGUGGACCUGCUGUGCUCAUACCAUCUUCUGGUGGUGCCAGUGUCUUGGUCUGUGCCCACGCAAGGUAAUGGAAAGCAGAGCAGAGAUGGAGGUUGUGAGAAGCACAAAGGGGAAUGCUGCUGGGGAGGUCAGUGUCCAUGUGGUCACCACUGAGAGCACUGUGCAGAGCACUCACCUGCCAACAACUGCCUUCAUCAUACCAGCAACUGCCACUACCAUCAACCUUCCUGCAAGCACCUUAGAAAUCCAGCGAUUCCCGAGGGAGCCACAGAGAAGCACAGGGGCCGAGAGGGCAGAGAGGGGAGCAGGGAGUGAACCCGUCACAGCUACUGUCAUCCCCCAGAUCAGCGGGGUGCAGACCUGCAACACAGUCCGUGUGCUUGAGUGGAAGGAUGGGGUGGCUACUUUGCCUGGAAGUAACCUGCGAUUUCGAAUAAAUGAAUAUGGGACACUGAAGGUGGUGAGUGCUAAUAAGAUGCCUCCAUUGGAAGCUAUAAAGGAGGGCCACACAGAGAAAGAUGGGGACUCAGAGGUGGCACCAACUAGCAGGGACAAUCCUACUCCUGCUCAGGAUGUGUCAGAGCAGCCCAAGCUGCCAACACCUGAAAGCAUGUGCCACUGUGACACAUGUGGCCGGAGACACGUGUCAGAUGGAGCCCGCGAAGGCAGGGGCUUCUGCAGCGAGCACUGUCACCAGCAGUUCAAAGAAAGGUCUGUCAUUGUGGAAAACUCUGCCAGCAGCACCAACACCACUGAAAUCCUCAAGCCUGUUAAGAAAAGAAAGAGGAAGGACUACCAGAGCCCUUCAGAGGAAGAAUAUGAAUCUGAGCAAAUGGAGGAAAAGCAGGAAGAGAGGAAGAACUCUGUGGGAGACUCUGCCAUCAGCAAUCUGGAGGCUGACACAUGGAAUGGGAGCCAGCACGGUGCCAGCGAGGAGAAGAAAGAAGGCUGGUCUUGGGCGUCGUACCUGGAGGAGCAGAAAGCUGUCGCUGCCCCUUUAGAUCUCUUCCAGGAUUACCAAGUAGCUUCCCAGCACAAGAAUGGCUUUAAAGUGGGGAUGAAGCUGGAGGGAAUCGACCCACAACACCCAUCCAUGUACUUUAUCCUGACAGUGGCUGAGGUGUGUGGUUACCGGAUGCGCCUCCACUUUGAUGGCUACUCUGAGUGUCAUGAUUUCUGGCUGAAUGCUGACUCCCCUGACAUUCAUCCUGCGGGCUGGUUUGAGGAGACAGGACAUAAACUCCAGCCUCCAAAAGGGGUUUUAGGUUAUAAGGAGGAAGAAUUCAGCUGGACAAACUAUCUGAAGAUAACAAAGGCUCAAGCAGCUCCUAAGCAACUCUUCGUAAUCCGAAAUACUCACGAGGCUCCUCCAGGCUUUGAGGUGGGCAUGAAGCUUGAGGCUGUGGACCGCAUGAACCCUUCCCUGAUCUGUGUUGCCACAGUGACUGACGUGGUGGACAAUCGCUUUUUGGUGCACUUUGACAACUGGGAUGAUACUUACGACUACUGGUGUGACCCCAGCAGUCCAUACAUCCACCCGGUCGGAUGGUGUCAGGAGCAUGGCAAACCCCUCACACCUCCUCAAGAUUAUCCUGACCCUGACAACUUCAUCUGGGAAAAGUACUUAAAAGAAACUGGAGCAUCUGCUGUUCCAGCUUGGGCCUUUAAAGUGCGCCCACCCCAUGGCUUCCUGGUCAACAUGAAGCUGGAGGCAGUGGACAGAAGAACUCCUUCCUUCAUCCGAGUGGCUAGUGUGGAGGAUGUGGAAGAUCAUAGGAUAAAGAUCCAUUUUGACGGCUGGAGCCAUGUGUAUGAUUUCUGGAUUGAUGCAGAUCAUCCGGACAUCCACCCCAUAGGCUGGUGCUCAAAAACUGGGCACCCACUGCAGCCUCCUCUUAGGCCAAAGGAAGCAGCCUCCUCUUCCCAUGGGGGCUGCCCAACCCUGGGCUGCAAGAACAUGCCUCACACCAAGAGCUCCAAGUACAGCUUUCACCACAGGAAGUGCCCCACACCAGGCUGUGAUGGGUCAGGACAUGUGACUGGGAGAUUCACAGCCCACUACUGCCUCUCAGGGUGCCCGCUGGCAGAGAAGAAUCAGGGCAGACUCAAGGCAGACUUGUCCGACACUGAGGCCUCAGCUCGCAAGAGGAACCUGAUGGGCUUCCCUCAGCGGAAGAAAUCCCGGCACCAUGGGAGAGGGCGACCUCCAAAGUACCGGAAGAUCCAGCAGGAAGACUUCCAAACUAUUUCUUCAGACAAUAUGCACCAGUCGCUCUUCAUGUCUGCCCUGUCUGCCCAUCCUGACCGCUCUCUGUCACUCUGCUGGGAACAGCAUUGCAAACUCCUGCCAGGGGUGGCUGGCAUCACAGCAACCACAGUGGCGAAGUGGACCAUCGAUGAGGUUUUUAGCUUUGUUCAGACUCUGACGGGUUGCGAGGACCAAGCCAAACUCUUCAAGGAUGAGAUGAUUGAUGGCGAAGCAUUCCUCUUGCUUACUCAGGCUGACAUCGUCAAGAUUAUGAGUGUUAAGCUGGGCCCAGCACUCAAGAUCUACAAUGCCAUCCUCAUGUUCAAGAAUGCUGAUGACACCUUAAAGUGACUUUUCUUGGGCCCCGUUGGGACCUUCCUUCAGCACUGGUGCUGCCAAACUGUCUGGCCAGGACUGAGAUUCCCCCGACCACCUGCAGCUUGUCGUGUCCUGCAGCAUCUCUGCUCUCCCACUGGUCCAUCUCCUGUCCUCUCCCUCACUCUCUCUCCACGCUGCCUCUCUGCUCCAGCGCUGGGUACAAGCUGACCAUGAGUCUUAGGGGUGGCUACACAGGCAGCAGGUGGAUGUGGGACUAGCCUGCCUCAGUGCGAAAGCUGCCCCAAUGUCCUGAUAUGGCUGCACCUAUUUGGGUGUGUUCAGGGAUGGUGGACCAGUGCGGAGGUUGUAGCAGCUGGGCACUGGCACCACAGCUUAAGCCACUGAGAUAAGGGUACAUACUCGCAGGCUGGUCUUGCUUUUGCUCAGCAGCUGAGAGAUUUUUUUUUUUUUCUCAUUGUGUUCCUCUCAGAGGGCUUGGAUGCUCCCAAGGAGCUUCUGCUCAUUUUGCCUGUUCCUGUCUGAAAUCUUGUGACUUGAGACUAGAUGAUAACUUUGCUUUGCCCCUUCACUGCACUGGGAACUAGUGGCCCAUCUUUCCCCCACUGGGAGCAGUGUUUCCUGGCUGCAGCUCUGCCCA